UUAGGCAAACAAUUUCCAUUUGAUUAUGGAAAUGAGGUCCAUAAACAAGAUUACUUCAUUAAGUCUCCGCCCCCUCAGCUUUUCUUCUCUGCGACCUCCUGGAAAAAGAGGCUUUUUAUCCUGUCCCAGAAUGGGGCAAAGGGCCUGAGUCUUUCCUAUUACAAAGACCAUCAACAACGAGGCUCCAUCGAGCUGGAUGGAAGCACCACCAUAGAAGUUGGUAUAAAUAGCCAGGAGAAGAUGCAAUCUGUGCAGAAGAUGUUCAAGUGCCACCCCAACGAAGUGAUGUCCAUCAGAACCGUGAGCAGGGACUACUUCCUCAUUGGCCAUGACAGGGAGAAGAUCAAAGACUGGGUCUCUUACAUGUCACCAUAUUGCCAGGGAGCAAAAACAGCUCGUCAGAAUACAGAGGAGAAGCCUUGGCUGGGUGACCGAAGGCCAGUUUCCGACCCCAGUCCUUCCUUUGGUCUCUGCGGUGCACGGGACAUUAUCGGCCUUGCAUCACCAAGGGCCAGCCUUCCGGAUCAUUUAAUACAAAAAUGCCCCCAAGGACUCAGGCAAACUCAUCCUCACCAAGAACACGAUUUCCACUCAGAGCCCACUCAAGAUACAGAAGAAGAGAAUUACUAUCUCUCUCCUCGAAGCAUCCUUUCAGAAUUAGAGAACAUCGCUGGGUCCAACGAUUCUGGUGAUUCCAUUGAAUCAGACCAAGAUUCCAAGAACUCUGAGAGCUAUUACAUGUCAAUGAGAUCCUGUGUCUUCAAAGAACCAACCUCUGCAUCUGCUGAUCGCCAAGCUGAAUCCCAGAGUCCUCUGGAGAGUCCAGAGCAGGGGCCUCCCCUGCAAGCACACGAUCCGGAAGCACAAACCACAGACGACAGAAAGGGGUCCGCCUCACUAACUGUUGUGAAAUUGUCUAUAUUACUCAACAAUGUCCCUGAUGAGAGCCUAAUGGAGACCCUGGACGUGUUCCUCUCUCCUCAGGAUACCAUCAACUAUCUCACUCUUGUAGAAGCAGCAGGACAGAUAUGCCUGGCUCGGUGGGAGGGCCCUCCCCGACUUGGGUGCUUAUUCUGCCAUGGAGAUCAUAUCUUGGCCGUGAAUGACCUGAAGCCCCAGAGCCUGGAGGAGGUGUCCUUAUUUCUCACCCGGUGUAUGCAUAAGGAGAAAGUGAAACUCUCCAUCGGCCGGAUCCCAAACUCGGAAAAGUUCCAUGCUUCCGUCUGUACGUGCCCCUUAAAACACCGUUUGGUUGCAUCUGCCCAACAGGGUGUUCCAGGACUGGACAGGACACCAAAGAGGAGCCCAGCCAUCAGAAAGAGCCAGAAGGAAAGGACUGGAGAGUAGGGCUGCCUCAGGCCCAUGGC